UGCAAGUUAUCACGCUCUAAUGUUUAUUCAUUCAGCCAGAUUGAUCUAAAGUCGGGUUUUGAAUCAUUGACAAGGAAUUCUGGUGUUAAAGGUGCUGUCCAGUGUCCAAAGGUUUUCUGUGGUCUCAUGGUUUCUGCUUGGACUGGCACAACACAAGCGAAGAACCGCAAAGGUCCCGCCCUGGUGGUCAUUAACAUCUGGAGGAUGACAAUGGUGCUCGCUUGACCAGCGUGAGGGGGGAGAGAGAGCGAGAGAAAGGGCAAGACCGAAGUGACGUGCUUGAGGACAGCUGAACAUUCACCACUUGAAUAAACAAGCAAGCACGGGAAGACUUUUGGAGAUUUAAAGGAUUUCUCAGCCAAAAUGGACGAAACGUCAACAAAUGGGACCACUUAAUGGAGAGUCAGAGAUCUUCACCAUGUGAGAUAUCGCCAUGAUCUCUCCUUGUAAACUUCUUAAGACCAAUUGUUUGUGACUUGAAGGCGCUCCGUGUGGAUUUUCCAUCAUCAUGAGUUCCUCCCUGGUUCUUCUGGUGAGCUGCCUGACCACCAGCGUGGCUCUGCUUUCAGCCAAUAACAUCGCCACCCAAACGGGAUCUCCGUCCAAGCUGAAGUACCUCCUGGAUCCGCCCGUUUACGCCGAGGUGGUCGGGCGUCGCGGCGAGAACGUCACCUUGCCGUGCAUCCUGAAGAUCAAGCCCGACCACUACAAGAUCAAGUGGACCAAGCUGGAGCCGGGACACGUGGGCCCGGAGAACAUUGUGAUGAUUUCCAACGCUCACGCUUUCAAGCGGCACGGUCAACUCGGCCCGCGGGCGUGGUUGCGGCGGGCCCACAACAUGGACGCCUCCCUACGAUUGGGCCAACUGCAACUGCGAGACGGCGGAAGGUACCGAUGCGAGCUCAUCAACGACAUCGAGGAUGAGAGCGUGGAGGUCACGCUCAGGAUUGAAGGUGUGGUUUUUCCGUAUCAGAGUGAAAAAGGCCGCUAUAAAUGGACUUUCCAAGAGGCUGAAGCGGCGUGCGAGGAGCAGGAUGGAACGCUGGCCUCCUACGAGCAACUUUACAGAGCCUGGACGGAAGGUCUGGACUGGUGCAAAGCGGGCUGGCUUCGGGAUGGAAGCGUCCGCUACCCCAUCAUCAGCCCGCGCCCCGCCUGCGGGGCACGAACGCAACCGGGUAUUCGCAGCUACUCGCCCAAAGAUAAGAACAGAGACCACUUUGAUGCAUUCUGCUUUACCUCUUUGACUGCAGGUUCCGUCUUCUAUAUUGCGGGCGCAUUUUCCCUGGAGGAGGCCGGGCAGGCAUGCGGACGUCGGGCGGCCGAGCUGGCGCUGGUCGGCCAGCUGUACGCGGCCUGGCACUUUCGAGGCUACGACCGAUGCGACGGCGGCUGGCUGCGAGACGGCAGCGUGCGAUUCCCCAUCGGUACUCCCAGGACACGAUGUGGGGGCGUCCCCGAACCCGGGGUACGCUCUUUUGGGUUCCCCAAUAAGACGUCGCAUCUCUACGGAGCUUAUUGCUAUCGGUAGUCGGACAGUUGACAGCGCCAUUAUUUCAUUCGUCCGAUCAAGCAUUUAUAUUAUCUACAAUUUUUUUGCAUUUAUAUAGACAAUUUUUGUGCCUAAUACUGGUUAAUUCAAAUUUAGCUGUACGUUAAAAAAAUAUAUUGUAAAUAGCAAAGCCUCCGCGCAUUUAAAUGAUCAGGAGUGCUGUAAUAUUUAAGCUGCAGAAUUGUUUCAUUAAAAUAUAUCAGUGCAUUUUUAUUCAUUAAGCAAUUGGUAAAUAAUUUGUUGUAAAUAAAAAUAUU